AUGUUUUAAAUGCUCUAUAGUAGAAUAAUUCCUUUACAUUAGAGAAGGAAUGAGAAUGUUUAAUUAGUGGAAAAUUUGUAUUAAAUAAUUAAAAGAUUUAUUUAGUAUUUUGAAAUGGGAAAAUUCUUAAAACCAGGACGUUUAGUAGUAAUGUUGGCAGGCAGAUAAGCAGGAAAGAAAGCCAUUUUGAUAAAGGCAAAUGAAGAGACAACAAAAGAUUGCAAAUUCCCAAAUGGUUUGGUUGUUGGAAUUUAAAGAUACCCAAGAAAGGUAACAAAGAGAAUGGGUUAAAAACAAAUUAGAAAGCGAACAACUUUAAAGGUUUUCAUUAAGCAAUUAAAUCUGAAUCACAUUAUGCCAACAAGAUAUAGAUUAGAAGAAUCAACUUUGAAAGAAGUGAGAGAUAGAAUUGAAAGAGUGAAAGAGUCAGAAUUGAAGAACGUUGAAAAGAGAAAAGACUUGAGAAAGAAUUUGAGAAGAUACUUGGCUGAGAAAUACAGAACAUUACCAGCAGGAAGUUUGGCUGAUAAGAAGGCAUAAUCAAGAUUCCUAUUUUCAAAAUUGAGGUUCUGAUUUAUUACAUAAGUAUAAUUGCAUUAAGAAAUGUA